CCUAACCCCCUCUCGCUCUCCCAAAUGCGAACCACCCCAUCUCCCAAACUAGAUGCGGGAGAUGACCAAUACCCUGCCCAGUUCAAGGAGAUACUCGCGGGGCAUCAGGCCAAAUGGAACCUUGCCGUUAGUGUCCACUUGUUGACCCUGAUAGCUUUCCUGCGAUGUGGGCUGACCUCACUCAUGAGGGGGGACAAGGAAGCGUCAUUUAGUGACGUGCUGUGGGUGCUGCUUGAGGAAGGGGAUGACGGCCUGAAGAAAAUGAAGGUGGCUGCCGCCACGCACGAUUUGCAACGACAGAAGUUCACAUAUCGGCGGAAAGGCGAUGUUGGGUCAACACGGGAAGUCAUCGCGAGUCCGGCUAGAUCGGUGAACCCGUUCAACUGGAACUUUCCACGGCUGGUGCGGAACGAGCAGGAGCGCCUGGUGCCAGCCAGGGGGUUCUCGCAUGGCGGCCCGAGGCAGGGCACGGAGUAUGAGGCAAUGGCAAGGCAAGCAGGCCACAUCUUAGGGUCUAGUGGGGAGCCCAUGCAAGCCUCCACCGCCCCACUAGAGGAGAGGACCGGGGGGCCAGGGAUGUGCCCCCAUGUUAGUGCUCAUGCUGAAAACAUGCAGCAGGAAGAUGGUGUAGCAGGAGUCGGGCGGGCGGUUGAGCAGAGGGGAGGUGGUGCUGUAGAGGACGUGCUCGCAGGAGCGGGUGCACCCUUGGUCUCUGAUGGCCCCACGAGGGACAGGCCGGCCACAGUCAGAGAUGGCACACCACGACGAGGGGCACGUGGGAGAGGCCGGGGAAAGGCGCUAGAAGGAUGGCCUGAGAUGAGGACACUGGAUCGCGUACCAGCAGGGACGUGCUACCACUUACGUGAGUUUUGGAAUUCUGAACGGGAGAAAGCGGUGUUGACAGCAACUAGAAGAGGGCCCAAGUCAGCGAGUUCAAAACCAAAGUGGGCUGCCGCGUUUGCUCUGGCAGGGAUUGGGUUCCAGCAAAUGUGGGAAGUCAGUCGUACGCUGGGGAUCAAGCCGAUCGGAAAGAGUACGUACCGCCAAUACAUGCAGGGCUCGACAGGAUUGUGGGGUGUGGUGGAGAGCCAAGCUACCCGUUCCAUGGAGAUGGCACGUGCGGCCAUGCUCCCGGAUGCAGACGGAGGUGUGUGGAUCGCGGUGGAUGGUAGAUGGUCGCACCCUAGAGAGGCAAAUUGGUGCACGAUUUCUUUCUUACACCCUGCUACUAGAAAGGUUAUCCAUGAAGUCACGGUGAACAGGAGAACUAUGGGCCUGGCUGCGGGAUGUGGGAGGCGAGGUUGCUGGAUUAAAUCCCAAGUCAGGGAAGAAAACAUUUAUGAGAGUGGUGUGGAGUAGGGUGUCCAUAAAGCCGUGGGACAAUUCAGCUUGCGCGCCCAGCAAGUGGUUGUACCCAGAGAUGCACAAAAUCAUGCGGUAUUUAAGUGACACUUCAGAGUUCCCUACCUGGGGAUGCAAACGACGCCGUACCACAUGGUCCCAGUGUCCGCGAGGUGCAGGUAUUGGGGGAACUGAAGCAGGUGUCAUCGAGAGGGGGAUGGGUGACAAUCGUCGGCCUUUGGUAGACUUGUAGUGGAGCGAAAUAGAAGAGUCUUAUGCCUUCGACCCCCCAUUUUUGAGCGGUGCUACUCCUGAUGCCAAUGCCGAGUUUGUCCAUCUCACUGCUGCGACUCUUUUGGAUGAGGUGGAGACGGACAGUGUACCCGCUGCAGUUGACGGGCAGCAAGGCGAGGGCAGAAUAGAGGCCGAGCCAGCAUCAACUACAGAGCAAACUCGAGGUCGGGGGAUGCAAAAACCGGUAUGGGUGGAGAGGCGGUCAGUAAAGAGGCAGAAAGGAGGGCAACGCAAGGCAGCGGAUGGGGUGGAGGCCGCGGAUGUGCCAGAGGAUGCGGAUGAGACGUUUGUGGAUGAGGUUACUAUUGCACAGCGGUUCAGUGUUCACUUUCACCAUGUUAUGCUCCGGUGUGCAGUUGCUAGACGAGAGGGUAGAGUUAUGACCGGCGGAGGUUUCUGCUGAGAUCAUUGGCUGUGCGGAUCAUUGGGCUGGUGUACACGACUAGUGUCACUCGCACGGGCGGGCGCCCAGGUGUAGGACGGAGAAUUGGGGCACGCAGAAUGCGAUCUAUGCUUGUAACUCAAACACCCACAUCCAGUUCAAGAAAUGGUUAGAAAAGGUGUGCAGUCCAGCAGUCAUGGAGUCCUAUGUGCACGGUGCAAGCAAUUGGUGCAAUGAGUCGUUCCAUUCGUUGAUUAUCAAAUAUGCACCAAAGCGUGUGCAUUAUGGCCGUAGCAUGCAGGCAAGGGUAGCACUGGCCGUAUUGCAUUGGAACCACACGGUCGACCGGGUUGUCAAGGCGCUCAAGAUCAGAAAUAGACGAAUCACGCGCGUAAGGAGAGGGAGGCAGGAGCGUGUGCUAGGGCCCAUGGUAUGGACUUGGCUGGAUGCCAUUGUGGAGGAGUGGCAUGACUCCAACCGUCCUCCGACGGCGAGUCCACCACACCCGCGGGACAGUCCGCCUGCUCCCCACACCCCUUUUGCCCCGACGGUGUGUCCCAACACUGGUGCAUCUCCAGCCACCCCGGUGGCCGGCAGGUUUGCCUUCACGUCCCCAGCUAGGGGUGCACCUGGGGGAGAUGCAGUGGCCCGCACACGGUAACGUGCGCCCCAGUCACACACCCCCGCCUGCCGCACGCCGGAUAUUCCGUACGUGGCUCGUUAACGGCACAAGUCCUGCUCUUGUGAUUUGGAAGGUGCGGCGUGGACACGUGCGCCAACUUUUCAUCUCCCUUGUACCCCAAAACAGGAGAGGAUACCGACACAAACUGACGAGUCUAGCGUAGACAGCGCAUUACGCAGGCCAUUCCGCCGGCCAAGACGCCUCCCUACUUGGUUCGACGACUACAUUGUUAUGGAUGACAACAAUGUUGACAACUCAGCAGGCCGGAAGAGAGAGAAGUCGCUACAGCAGGUAGAGGGACAAUGCCUCCGCACCCACCCGUGGCACGUCGUGGUUGUUGCGGAUGCACCGGCCUGUUUGGGCAUGUUGCUAAGGCUUUCUCUUGACAGCUUGCUUCUUGUUGUAAGGUAUGUGCAUGCGAAUUGGUAUAAAAUGUACACCACAGGGGUGGGAGAGUAGUUUCCUGCACAAAGCCCGCAGAUCCACUCCCCUUUUUCUGGCUGACCCCACUUCAUACCCUCUUCCCCUGGAGGCCCCGACGCAUUCCCAGCAAUCAGAAGGGGAGAAGUUGGGUUUCAGGGGAGCUGGAGUGGCGGUGGUGGCUACCUUUGGGGGGCAGGAGCAGGCAAUUUUGCAACAGGACGGGCUGAUGGCACUGCAUACCACAAAGUGGCCCCGGCAUCAGAAGCAGCAGCGGUAGUGGCAGCAACCACGGUUGAGGCAGCGGUGGCUGCACCCAGAUCCGGGCAGAGGGACAUGCUGCUGACCGCAGAUCCUUGGACCCGGUGUUGAAAGGGUGUGGGACUGGAGUGGCACUGAUGUGGGUCUGGAGUUGGGCGGGUGGCGAGAGGUUUCACAGCCCUGUUUCCGAACAGAGUGCGGUGCAAAUGCCGCACACUCUGUGUUGGGGCGUAGAAGCGGAGGACCAGGGGGAAUGGGGCUUAAUUUAGCGGCGGUCUGACCCCAUCGAUAUUGAUGCUUGUCCUUAUACCGUAAUCCCCCGUAUAUAACACCCUAUGGUGUAUAUAAAAAUUCACUAAAAAAAUGACUGGGUG